UUUCAUCGUCAUCUCAUGAUUCAUUUAUCUGUCUCUCAAAUUCUAGAAAACAGUAUGGCAUACGUAAUGUAUCGAGAGACAACGCUAGGUACAGCGUUAAAUCGCACUUUGGAGGAGUUUGUUGAAGAAGGUCUCAUCACUAGACCUCUUGCCAUGAAAGUGUUGACAACUUUCGACAAGAACAUCAACAAAGCACUCGCCUUUCGAGUUAAAAACAAGGUCCAAUUUAAGGCAGACAAAUUGGUUACUUACCGAUAUUGCGAUAACGUUUGGACUUUUGUCAUCGAUGGUGUGGAGUUUAGGGACGUGCACAGAUCAAUUGAUCGUACUGUAAACAGGGUAAAAAUUGUUGCUUGCGAUGGACGCGCUCCUGGACUAGCUGGUACGACAAGUGGGCCCAUGUAA